GCAAACGAUAGAGGUUGUGCGACUGUGUCACGUCUUUGCUUUUCCACCCUUCACUCGCGCUUCCCCAUUCUAUCGACAUUCAUUCCCCUCGUAUUCAGCGGAAACUAAUGGUUGUUGGAAAGAGUGGGUUGCUAUAGGGCCGAGUUCUACUUCGUACCUAUUCGAGCACGGAUUGACCAUGUACACUGCACCGCCACGGGGAGCGCUGUUGCGCACGGCGUCGGCAGAGCAGGUGUCGCUACAACAUCCGUCUCCCGGUCUGGAAAGUCUGCAGGGGGCUUAUAUCAAGAAUGUCGAGCGCCUCGAGCAAUCAGCAGAAGAGAUGAGUCAGGGGGGAUCUGAUAUUGGCGACGAGAUUCGCAGGAUGAAACAGGAACAGGACCGGGCGUCAUUACGGUCGAGCAGCAUUGCCUCUGAGUCGUUGGCCUCGUCGUCGCACCCACGUGAAGGCCGUCAGCAGAGCAUCGAAAAAGUCCUCAGCAACAGGAGUCGCAACCACUCGACCAGCAGCUACGCAAACUCGAUAGUCGACGUCAACACCCAGGCUCGCUGGGGUGGCUACUCGCCUGGAGGAUACAUCACCAGCCCCACCGUCUCGAGAGUCAGCAGUUUCCACCGUCCCUCCGGCAUGCCCGAGCCAGUCCAAGAAGGCCGUCCCUUGGACUCGCCCCUCGCCUCGCCCACAUCAUACUCGAGCCCUCGUCGCCAACCCUCGCACUACUCCCUCGCCCCGACCAUCGAAGACAUGGAAAUGCUUGAUGAGGAAGACAAACGCAAUCCCGACGCCGACAAAACCCCUGAGCCUGAACAUCAAGAGUGGGAACAAGCAAGCAGAGGACACACCGAUCCUGACGAGUUGAGCCACUACUCGCAUGGCCAUAACCAACACUUUGAAGAACAAGACGAGCAGAGCCUAUACUCUCGCGACCAGCAGAGUCACUAUUCGCAACCAGACCAAGAAAGCCAUUAUGACCAGCCCGACCAGCAAUCUCAUUACUCUCAACCCGAUCAACAAUCUCGCUACUCGCAGGACGACAGGCAGAUUCCUCAACAAGCUCAAUACUCUCAUCAACACAAAGUCAGCGAGGAGGAACAAUGGCAACAAGAAGCACAUGACUUGUACCAACAAGCUGCUGACCACGACAGCUACAAUGAUUUUGUCCAGAACCCUGUCGACCGUCCACAGACAGCAGACACUUUCCGCGAUGCCCGAUCACUCUUCAAGGAUUUCGACGGUGUGCACUACUCGCCCACCAUUGAUGAAGAAGGCCAUGGCAACAUGCAACACCGCAUGUCGCAAAUGUCGCGUAUGCCUCGCCAGCCUCGUCCCAUGUCGUAUGCUCGCCCAAUGUCCUACGCUCAACCUCCGCCAAACGAUGGCAUGGUCUACUACCCGGCUCCAGUCCCUCGCAUGUUGAAUCUUCCCAAGCGUUUGUCUCAGCUCCCCGCGGCCAACCAACAAGCACAGCGUCGUUCUCAAGUCUUGAGUGCCAUGCCUGCUGCUAACAGACAAAGUGCCCCUUGGCUACCUCCCCUCGAUCUAGAAGAGCAAGAGGCAGAAGGAGGUGCUCCGCAGUCCGGUCCUACCUCUCCUCAACAGAAGCAGCAAAGGAAGAGCAUGAUGGAUCUCAACGCCAAUCGUAUUAGCACUGCUAACCUCCCUCCACAACUGAGAGCUUCCGUCUUUUUCGAUACCGAAGGACAAAGGCCGCCCACCGAGGUCAGGAUCCAGUCUGCGUCUGCUGUUGCAACUCUGGAUAGUAUCCUUGCCGCAUCCGUAAAUGCUCCCGUCAAUGUCUUUACCGACCAUCCUUUCGCUGGCCCCAUCGGUCAAGAUCAUUAUGCUCAGGAACGUCCUGCCAAUCGUCGUAGCGCAACCUUGUCCAAGCUUGAUAUGGUUAUGGAUGAGAAUGAAGGCAAGAAGGGACACGAUCGAUCCAUUAGCACUGGCACGGUUGACAGACCUCCCAUGGUCAAACGUAAUAGCGUUAUGACUGUGCUGACCGACUUUGGUAAAUCAGAUGGCAAGAAACUGAAGAAGAGAAACAGCAAGAUGAGCCUGAUGACUGACCUGGAUAUGAACGAUGGUGGAGACACUGCCACUGAAUUCGCAAAAUCGCGCCCUGCCAGUGUACACUUCGGAAACCUUGAUGUCAACGAGCCAGCAGACCGAUCACCACAACCUGAAUAUACGCAGCCGGAAGAAGAGGAUGUGGAAGAAGGCGAUAAGGAGAGCAUCUACAAUGAUGAACAGGACAUGAAGAUGCCCUUCUUCGCUCAACCUACCACUCUUCUCGCCGAAUUGCAAACUCGUAAAGCGCAUCAAAAGUCGCGCAAUAGAACUGCCGCAGAUGCCUUCCCUAAUGGUAUGCAUAGUACGCUACUCCAGAUGGAUGCAGUCAAGCAAGUGGAAAAGAACAGAAAGCAGAAACACGGACGUGCCAAGCUUGCAUGGGAAGACCCGGGCGUGGAACCUGAAGAUGAGCAAGAUGAAGAUGUUCCAUUGGGCGUCCUAUACCCCAAGAAGGGUGGUCUGAUCAACAGAGGCAAGCAAGAUGAAUCGGAUUGGGACCGUCCAUUGGGUCUGAUGGAGAAGCGUGAAUUUGAAGACAACGAACCACUAAGCAGUCGUCGCUUCCGUCUCAAGGGUGUUCCUGCAGCAGAAGCGCGCCGCAUCCGCCAAGAAAUGGACAGGCAGCGUCGGGAAGCCGCUCUUCCACCACCAGAAGCAGUUCCAUUGCCAGGAGAAGACUCAGACAAGGAGGACGAAGAUCCAAAUGAGCCACUCGGACAGCGUCUGCGUCGCUUGAAACAGAAGCAGAUGCUCAACACCGCACUAGGAGAUGUUGCCGACUUCGACAAGCGCAAAUCUACAGCCUUCUCAGAAGAUAUCCUCAGCACAUUCGGUGGCAUCACAGGCGCAAAAGCAAAGACACCCGAGCCCGAGUUGGAAGAAGAAACUCUAGGUCAACGACGAGCACGCCUUCAACGCGAACGCGAAGCAAAAGGCGAUGCAUCAGAUCCACCCUCCGUCCGCACGGUCCGCCCUCCUCUUCUCCGCUCAUCCUCCUCUCUCGCCAACCUCCUCGCCGCCCACCCUGUUUCUUCCUCCAAUGGCCCUCUCUCAGCCAACGCACCCGCCGCUGGAAGUCUACUAGCUGAAAGCGCACGCGCCGAAGAAGAAGCCCGCCGUAAACUCCGCGAUCGCAAUGCCGCGCGCUCGACAUCUUAUAACCGUCUUGUUGGCCCACCCAGCCAUUUGGCCCCGCAAGUCGCGCCUCCCUUGCUAUCCUCCAAGUCCACUGGCGCGGUGCCGCAGUACUUUAAUCCAAACACUUUGCAACCUCAACAGGCGCCUGUGAUGUAUCCUGCUCACAUGGCUGCUGGAGGUAUGCCCGGGAUGGCUGGGUAUGGAUACACUGCUCCUCCGUUCAUGCAACAGACUGCUGCGCCAUAUGGAGGCAUGAUGUAUCCCGGAUACGGAGUCAUGGGCAUGCAACAACAGCAAACGGUUCCUAUGCAACAGCAGCAACAGCAACAACAAGCUUAUGCGCACAUGGCGCAGAUGCAAGCCGCGGGAGGCAUGCACGAUCCCAACGUUGUCGCGCAAAGGGAUUUGAUCGAUCGGUGGAGGCAGAGUAUCAUGCAUUAGAGUGAAGUAAAACAUUUUCCACCUUUCAAAGAAGAAGUUGGCCUUGUCUUUCACAGCAAGAGUUGGAUGUCGGUUCUUGGAGUCAUUAUGGUUGGGGAUUUUCUUUGUUUUAGUUUGGAGUAUUGUUGGGGAGAGCGAGAGCAAAGGCAUAGCAUAGCAUAGCAUAGCAUAGCACACAUCAUACAGCACAUCACACAGCACUACCAUUAGCACUACCAUUAGCAUCCAGCAUUUCGCAAGCGCUUACCUCUUCGCGCAAUCAAAUUUCUCUUUUACAUCAACA